UACUAGUUUGUGUUGGUAUUGCACGUAGACCGCGUUCCAGCGGCUCAGCAAGUCCUUCAGUCUCGACAAAACACUGAGGCUAGCUGCUUGGAGUGAAGAGUAUUAUUGUUCAGGCUCCUGACCUGCCUUUUGAAGGGACGACACCAACCAUGUCGGCCGAUACCCCUGCCGCUGCCAAGCUGGCAAAGUUCCAGAAGAAGCUAGCCAAGGUGCAGAAGCAGGCUAAGGCUGGGGAGCUGACGGCGGACGAGGCGCGGGAGGAGGAGGCACGCCUUUCCAAGAAGGUGAAGAAGUUCGAGGCGCUGGCCGCUGCUGAGGCGGCAGCUGAGGCACCAGAGGCGGCUGAGGAGCCGAAGGAGAAGAAAAAGGGCAAGAAGGAUAAGAAGCGCGUGGGCGAGGAGGCGCCCGCAGCGGAGGAAGCCAAGCCCGCCAAGAAGCAGAAGAAGCAGAAGGACGCGGAUGAGGAGGCGGCCAAUGGCGACGCCGCCAGCGGCCACCACCAUCACCACCAUCACCACCACCACCGCCACCACCACCAUCACCACCACAGCAAGCACCACCGCAAGCAUGCCGAGGUGGGCUGUGCGGAUCUGGCCAACAAGGGCAAGGCCAUCGUCAAGUCGCUGUACGACGAGCACGCCGAGGUGACCGCCCUCACGGCGGACAAGGUGGCGGAACUGCGUGCAGAGCGGGAGACGGUGGUGGAUGGCUUCGGACCGGACGACGACUUCGUGGCGGGCGGCCCUACCGACAUCAAACCGGUGUUCAAGUUUGAGCACACCGGCCUGCCCGCCAACAUGCUGCACGCCACGCGCAACUUCGUGGCGCCCAGCCCCAUCCAGGCGCAGUGCUGGCCCAUCAUCCUGGCGGGCCGCGACCUCAUCGGCAUCGCGGCCACCGGUAGUGGCAAGACCCUGGGGUUUGGGCUGCCCAUGCUUCGCCACAUUGCGGCGCAGCGUGAGGCGGGCGUGGUGACCGGCAAGGGGCCGUUUGCGGUGGUGAUGGCGCCCACCCGCGAGCUGGCGCUGCAGAUCAACGAGGUGCUGGAGGAGGCGGGCAGCAAAUGCGGCGUGCGCACGGUGUGCGUGUACGGCGGCGUGCCCAAGCAUCCCCAGAUUCAGGCGCUGAGGUCCGGGGUGGAGGUGGUGGUGGGCACCCCAGGCCGCAUGGAGGACCUACUCAACGACGGAGCGCUCAAGCUGAACCAGAUCACGUACGCGGUGCUGGACGAGGCGGACCGCAUGCUGGACCUGGGCUUUGAGCCGCACAUCCGCGCCAUCAUGAACCUAACCCGCGCCGACCGCCAGACGCUCAUGUUCAGCGCCACGUGGCCCACCGCGGUGCAGAAGCUGGCGGUGGCCUUCCUGUCGCACCCAGUCAAGGUGACCAUCGGCAGCCAGGACCUGGCCGCCAGCCACUCCAUUACGCAGCACGUGGAGGUCAUUGAGCCGCACGCGCGCGACGGGCGGCUGCUGGACCUGCUGCAGCAGUACCACGGCGCCAAGGGGCGCAAGAACCGCGUGAUCAUCUUUGUGCUGUACAAGAAGGAGGCGCCGCGCGUGGAGCAGCUGCUCACACGGAAAGGCUGGAAGGCGGGGGCUAUCCACGGUGACAUCAGCCAACAACAACGCACGGACGCUGUGGAGAAGUUCAAAUCGGGGGCCGUACCGCUGCUCAUUGCCACGGACGUGGCGGCACGCGGCCUGGACAUCCCCGACGUCGAGGUGGUGAUCAACUACUCGUUCCCUCUGACCACGGAGGACUAUGUGCACCGCAUCGGCCGCACAGGGCGGGCGGGCAAGACGGGAGUUGCAUACACGUUCUUCUGCGCCGGCCCUGACAAGCCGCGCGCCGGCGAGCUGAUCAACGUGCUGCGCGAGGCGGGCCAGGAGGUGCCCGCAGACCUGCUCAAGUUCGGCACGGCUGUGAAGAAGAAGGAGUCCAAGAUGUACGGCGCGCAUUUCCGUGAUGUGGACGUGCACGCUAAGGCCACCAAGGUCACGUUUGACGACGACGAGUAGAUUGUAUGACACCAAAAGUGUGCGUGUGUAUGUAAACAGAGUGGACGCUUGCAAGGGAUGGUGCUGGAGGAGAGGGUGAGGGCAAGGUGGCGUGAUGUAUCUGUGUUGCGGUGGGUCUGGAGUCUUGUAUGACACAUGUAUGGACCAACGCGGGAUAGUUUAGGGGUGGCACAGGUAUCACAAUGUGUUUCGAAGAAAAGCAGGCGCAGCGGGGCCAGGGAUUAAUGGGGGGGGGUGUCAAAUGUGGCCAGCCGGCCCAUGUUGGUCAAGAGCCGCCUGGAGCCGCAUGUAUGUGGCCUGGCCACGUAUCGCUGCACGUGCACGUGCACACGACGCACCAAUGCCUUGUCCCUUCUUGCUACGCAUUUAUGUGGGCACGGGUGGGAGCCACACACAUCGGGACUACGCUUUCCUGCCCCUUGCCAUGUUCCAUCACGAGCUGCACGUGCACGUGCACAACUCGCUGUGGGUUUGACGUAUUCCUUCUUUCGGACGCGCUCAACGUCGCCUGAAUGCAACGUAUGUCUGGGCAGGCUACCAACACAGCGGGUUCGGAGACUCAUUCAUCCAGCGUAGCCCGGCCCUGCCCGGCCACAUAACCUGCGUACCUGGGGACGACCAGACCGGGCCACCAAGCAGCACCUGUGGCGCACAGGGGUUGUAUCUUGUUUUCGGGGUAUGUCUAGCUUCAAACAAGGGGUGUCAGCUUUGUACAGCUGGAAAAUGGGCUGAGCCCCCGUACGCUUGGGAGAUAAUAGGCGUGUAACGCCCCGUCAGA